CACACUGGGGAGAGGCCGUUCACCUGCUUGGACUGUGGGAGGGGAUUCACUCAGUCAUCCCACCUGUUGGUACACAAGUCAGUUCACACUGGGGAGAGGCCGUUCACCUGCCCAGAUUGUGGGAAGGGAUUCACUCGGUCAUCUGAACUAAAGGUACAUCAGCGAGUUCACACUGGGGAGAGGCCAUUCACCUGCUUGGACUGUGGGAAGGGAUUCAGUCAGUCAUCUAACCUACUGGUACACAUGUCAGUUCACACUGGUGAGAGGCCAUUCACCUGCUCGGACUGCGGGAAGGGAUUCACUCGGUCAUCCACCCUAAUUGCACACCAGCGAGUUCACACCGGGGAGAGGCCGUUCACCUGCUCGGAUUGUGGGAAAGGAUUCACUUUGUCAUCUCAGCUACUGGGACACCAGUCAGUUCACACAGCGGAGUGGCCAUUCACCUGCUCAGUCUGUGGGAAGGGAUGCACUUGCUCAUCCCAACUGAAGGCACACCAGCGAGUUCACACCGGGGAAAGGCCAUUCACCUGCUCAGACUGUGGAAAGGGAUUCACUUGGUCCUCUCACCUGCAAGCGCACCGGUUAGUUCACACUGGGGGGUGGCCAUUCACCUGCUCAGUGUGUGAGAAGGGAUUCAGUUGGCCAUCUCACCUGCAGAGACACCAGCGAGUUCACACAGGGUACAGGCCGAUCAGCUGCUCAGACUUUGUGAAGAGAUUUUCUCAGCCAAAUCAACCAAAUUUGCAUCAUUGA